UAGUCAGGGAGCCCCCCUCCUGUUGCCUUCUGAAGUUCAGCGUGUCCGUGUCUGUCAAGUGCUUGGAGCAGGACUGGCACAGGGUGGGCCCAACACCCGGGCUCCUUCCUCAGACCCUUUUUCAAAAUCCCAUGGCAGCAAGUGAAGCAGGCAUCUGCUCUUUAAAUCUAUUGAUAUGUUUCUUCUUGUUUCCCUUAAAAACAUGCAUUGAACUGAGCACGAGUCGCCCACGCCCGAACCCACCUCUCCACUCCUCUCUCGGUAGCCGAGGCUGGCUUCUGGGGGGCCUGUCAGCUGCGGAGCUGGGACUGUUGCUCCAAGACGAUGGGCCUUACUCCAAAGCAGGCAAGGACGUGGGAGGGGCCGACGUGGCCCUGGCUUGCCGCCGGCAGAGCAUUCCAGAGGAGUUCCGAGGGGUCACCACGGUGGAGCUGACCAAGAAGGAAGGCAGCACGCUGGGCCUGACCAUCUCCGGCGGCACGGACAAGGACGGGAAGCCCCAGGUCUCCAACCUGAGACCCGGGGGGCUCGCAGCCAGGAGUGACCUGCUGAAUGUGGGCGACUACAUUCGGUCUGUGAAUGGAAUCCACUUGACCAGGCUCCGCCACGAUGAGAUCAUCACUCUGCUCAAGAAUGUGGGCGAGCGCGUGGUGCUGGAGGUGGAGUAUGAGCUGCCCCCGCCCGCCCCCGAGAACAACCCAGGGAUCGUUUCAAAGAUGGUGGACGUCUCCCUGUACAAGGAGGGCAACAGCUUUGGCUUUGUCCUCAGAGGAGGUGCCCACGAAGACGGGCACAAGUCCCGCCCGCUCGUCCUGACCUACGUGCGGCCCGGCGGCCCUGCCGACAGGGAGGGCUCUUUGAAGGUGGGCGACAGGCUGCUCAGCGUUGAUGGGACCUCGCUGCGUGGGGCCAGCCACGCCGCUGCCCUGGCCACCCUGCGGCAGUGCAGCCAUGAGGCACUCUUCCAGGUGGAGUACGACGUGGCCAUCCCAGACACAGUGGCCAACGCGUCGGGGCCCUUGAUAGUGGAAAUAACCAAGACGCCGGGGUCGGCCCUGGGGAUCUCACUCACCACCAGCUCCCACCGGAACAAGCCGGUCAUCACCAUCGACCGCAUCAAGCCAGCCAGCGUGGUGGACAGGAGUGGGGCCCUGCACGCCGGAGACCACAUCCUGUCCAUCGAUGGCACCAGCACGGAACACUACUCGCUGCUUGAGGCCACCAAGCUCCUGGCCAGUGUGUCGGAGAAAGUGCGUCUGGAGAUCUUGCCUGCGCCCCAAAGCCGGCGGCCCCUGAAGCCCUCAGAAGCAGUGAAGGUGCAGAGGAGCGAGCGGCCGCAUCGCUGGGACCCCUGCGUGCCCUCUUGCCACAGCCCCCGGCCUGGCCACUGCAGGACGCCCACCUGGGCCACCCCUGCUGGCCAGGACCAGAGCCGAUCCUUGUCCUCAUCUCCCUUUUCCUCGCCGACCAUGAACCACGCCUUUCCCUGCACCAACCCCAGCACCCUUCCUCGUGGAUCCCAGCCUAUGAGCCCCCGGACCACAAUGGGGCGGAGGAGGCAGCGAAGACGGGAACACAAGAGCUCAUUGUCGCUGUCCUCCAGCACGGUGGGGCCCGGCGGCCAGAUCGUGCACACGGAGACCACAGAGGUCGUGCUCUGUGGAGACCCCCUCAGCGGCUUCGGCCUCCAGCUGCAGGGCGGCAUCUUUGCCACCGAGACCCUGUCCUCCCCACCACUCGUGCGCUUCAUCGAGCCCGACAGCCCGGCUGAGAGGUGUGGGCUGCUGCAGGUGGGGGACCGUGUCCUGUCCAUCAACGGCAUCGCCACCGAGGACGGGACGAUGGAGGAGGCCAACCAGCUGCUGCGGGACGCGGCGCUGGCGCACAAGGUGGUGCUGGAGGUGGAGUUCGACGUGGCUGAGUCCGUCAUCCCGAGCAGUGGCACCUUCCACGUGAAGCUGCCCAAGAGGCGCGGCGUGGAGCUGGGCAUCACCAUCAGCUCGGCUAGCAGGAAGCGAGGCGAGCCCCUGAUCAUCUCCGACAUCAAGAAAGGCAGCGUGGCGCACAGGACCGGCACCCUUGAGCCAGGUGACAAGUUGCUGGCCAUCGACAAUAUCCGCCUGGACAACUGUCCCAUGGAGGACGCCGUGCAAAUCCUGCGGCAGUGCGAGGACCUGGUGAAGCUGAAGAUUCGGAAGGACGAGGACAACUCCGACGAGCAGGAGACCACAGGUGCCAUCAGCUACACGGUGGAGCUGAAGCGCUACGGGGGCCCCCUGGGCAUCACCAUCUCGGGCACAGAGGAGCCGUUUGACCCCAUUGUCAUCUCGGGCCUCACCAAGCGUGGUCUGGCUGAGAGGACUGGCGCUAUCCACGUUGGGGACCGUAUCCUGGCCAUCAACAGUGUUAGCCUCAAGGGCCGGCCACUGAGUGAGGCCAUCCACCUCUUGCAGGUGGCUGGCGAGACCGUCACCCUGAAGAUCAAGAAGCAGUUAGACCGCCCCCUCCCAGCCCACAAAUCGGGCAGCCUCAGCGAAGCCAGUGAUGCGGAUGAGGACCCACCAGAGGCGCUGAAAGGAGGCCUGCUGGCAGCCCGGGCCUCGCCCGCCGUGCCCAGUGUGGACAGCGCCGUGGAGUCCUGGGGCAGUUCGGCCACGGAGGGUGGCUUUGGGGGCCCAGGUUGCUACACUCCUCAGGCAGCCACCCGGGGAGUGACCCCCCAGGAGUGGCGGCCCAGCCGGCUGAGAAGCAGUCCCCCACCAGCCGAGCCCCGGAGGACAAGCUGUACCCCAGCCCCCACGGAUGAGAGCUUCCCCGAGGAGGAGGAGGAGGACUGGGAGCCGCCAGCGAGCCCAGCCCCCGGCCCCGCCCGCGAGGAGGGCUUCUGGCGCACGUUCGGGGAGGCCCUCGAAGACCUGGAGUCUUGUGGUCAGUCAGAGCUGCUGAGGGAGCUGGAGGCGUCCAUCAUGACGGGCACCGUGCAGAGCGUGGCCCCGGAGGGCAGGCCUGGCCACCGGCCGUGGAGGAGGAGCCGGCAGGUACGCGCUGCCCCAGGAGACACGCAGGAGCUGCUGCUGCCGUCGCCCUUGGAGACCCACAAGGUGACGCUGCACAAGGACCCCGUACGGAGUGACUUCGGUUUCAGCGUCUCAGACGGCCUCCUGGAGAAGGGCGUCUACGUCCACACGGUGCGCCCCGACGGGCCCGCCCAGCGCGGGGGCCUCCGGCCCUUCGACAGGGUCCUCCAGGUCAACCACGUGCGCACGCGGGACCUGGACUGCUGCCUGACGGUGCCGCUCCUGGCUGAGGCGGGGGACGUCCUGGAGCUGGUCAUCAGCCGCAACCCGCUGGCCCAGGGCAGCCGGGCCCCCCGAGCGCCAGGCCCCAGCGGCCCCCGGAUGCUCUGAAGUCAGCACGUGGUCUGGACACCGAAGGGGCCACCUGGGGAGAUCCUGGCUCCCAGACCUGUAGCUGGGCUGGAGAGGUGGCCACCCACUCGUCCGUCUGUCCGUCUGGCAGAUGCUGAGCCGGAGACAGGACUUCGUUCUCCAGUUCUGUGGUAAUGGGCUGCCAGGUCCAGCUGGAGUGACAUCUAGGUCUUUCUCCAUGUUGGCUCCAAGAUGCCCAGAGGGGCCCUGCCCGCAGGGGUCCACAUAGGCUGCUUGGGGCGGGAAGGAGGAGGGUCUGGGGCACAGCCUCCUCGGAAGAGUGUCUGGUGCGGGGCCAGCUCAGCUCAGUGCAGGGAGCGCUUUCUCCCAGCAGAGCCAUGGGGCUGGAAUGAGCUGUCAGGGAGGCGUGAGCUCCCUGUUUUGGGAGGUGAGCAAGUGGGAGCUGAUACGCCCGUGCAGCCGUGGGCCGCGGCAUCCCAGCGAUCUGUCACACGGGCUGGGGUGGUCAACAUCCCCAUGGGGGAGCCUUUAGGGUGAGGCUGGAGGCUCCUUCAGCUGGACAGCCUCCCUCCAGGAAGGCUGCUGCUCAGGUAGGAGCCCAGGCCCUUCCCUUCUCCAGGAUUCUUGUGUUCGGGGCUCGCCAGCGCCCCCACCUUGGAGGCUCUAUGCUGGGGUGUCUGGGGUCCCAGGAGUGGCCCUUGGAGGGGUUCUUUCAUUUCUGCCUCUGUGAUUGGAGACCAUGGCUCUGGGCUGACGGGGCAAGCUCAGGGGCAGUUUUGGGCUGUCAGCCCCACCUGCCUCUUUUGUAGGACGCGUGGUCACUGACCCACAUGGAUACCUGCCUCUCAGCCCAGGCCUUCCAGGUGGGAGGGGGUCCUUCUGGGACAAAAGACCCAGGGGUUUCCAUUCGCCUGCUGUUACAGUGAAGAUGGGAAAACCGUGGAAACAGGACUAAUACUAGAUGGUACCACCUCUCUCCACUAUCCGAAUCGGUGCAGGAGAGAAGCAGGGACGUGGGGGCAGACAGACAGGCAGGGAGAGAGGCUGGAGCAAUGUCUGUUCUCUCUCACGCCCAGGGGCGACAGUGUCAGAAGUGGUCGUUCAGGGGCGUUUAUUCCCACUGGCAGUCUGGAAGCACCAGCAGCCC